GGAUCAAAUAUUUUAGUCCAUUUGGCAACCUCGUUGGAUGAUCUUCCCAAAUAUCAAAGAUAAGACUCGUGUUGGUUGCGGGGAAACUUCUUUCAUCCCACAAAAUUUUGUCCCUACUUCUUUGGGGUUCCUCUGGCGAAAUCCAUGGAGGAAGCUCCACCUCGUCCUCCUCCAGCCCUCAUCGCUUGCCUCGUGGCCACCCUUCUUCUGUGCUCCCUCUCUUUCCCCGCUCUCGCCAAAUCUUCUCCUCGCCCCAUCACCGACGGUGAGAUCAGAGAGAAGAAGAACGCUUGCUACGCCGACAUCGAAAGUGGGUUGUGGGGAUGGAAGUGUAAGUCUUCGAUGAUCGAGAAGGAAAAUUGUGCGCUGCGAUGCCUUUCCCCGGUCUGCUAUGGACUCAUAUACGAGAGCGAUCCGCUGGAAGAAGGAGAGAAAGACUUCGUUAGGGCCCAGGAGUACAAGUACUGCAUGCAUAAGGUGUCGCUGGGAGAGAGCCUGGAUGGUGUAAAGGGGGCCUUCGAUUAUUAAUCUAAUUUGAGCCGCUCCAACAUAUCAAAUGCUGUGACUUCAAAGAGUCUGGUUCGGGAUGUCCUGCUCUAUCUGUUUUGUCUCUAAUUAGCUUGGAGUUGGAUCGGCUGUCGGGCAGUGCAUGUUGUGCUUCUGUUUUCCAUUAUGCUCCCAUGUCCUUGGAACUAAUUAUUUUUCUUCCAUUUUCCCCAAAACAGGGAACCAGUGAGAAAAUUGGUUCCUUGUAAUAGAAACUUCUGCUAAUUCUGAAGAUUGACGUACUGGACAUACUGAAAACUAAAGCAAAUAUGAGAUGAUGACAACAUAAAUAUGUGGACUUAAUUGCAGUUUGUUGCU